AUGUAUAUUAAGUCAAUGGUAUUAGAAGGAUUCAAAUCCUAUGGCAAAAGAAUGGAAAUAAAUGGAUUCGACAAAGAAUUCAACGCGAUCACAGGAUUUAAUGGUAGUGGAAAAUCAAACGUACUGGAUGGAAUAUGUUUUGUUUUGGGCAUUACAAACCUUGGUCAGGUACGUGCUACAUCUUUACAAGAUUUGGUUUACAAAUCAGGACAAGCAGGAAUAAAAAAGGCGAGUGUUACAAUAACAUUUGACAAUCGUGACAGAGAGUCAUCUCCUAUGGGUUAUGAACACUAUGAAGAAAUAGUGAUUACAAGACAAAUAGUUAUUGGUGGUAAAAAUAAAUAUAUGAUCAAUGGAACAAAUGUACAAAAUAAACGUGUACAAGAUUUGUUCUGUUCUGUCCAAUUGAAUGUGAAUAAUCCACACUUUCUGAUUAUGCAAGGCAGAAUAACAAAAGUAUUAAACAUGAAGCCAAUUGAAAUAUUAUCUAUGCUUGAAGAAGCAGCAGGAACAAAAAUGUAUGAGAAGAAGAAACAAUCGGCUCUGGCUACUAUAGAAAAAAAGGAUAGCAAAUUAAAAGAAAUUAAUGAUAUACUGAGAGAAGAAAUAGGACCAAAAUUGAACAAAUUAAAGGAAGAGAGAAUCCAAUAUGUGGAAUUUCAGCGAAUAGAAAGAGAGCUUGAACACAGCAAAAGAAUUCAUCUUGCAUGGAAAUAUGUUACUGCUCUAAAAAGUAGUCAAGAAACAGACGAAGAUGUCAAGAUAGUACAAGACAAAAUAGAUUCCAAGUUAGAGAAUAUAGCUAGUGGUGAAGAAGAAAUUAAGAAUAUAGAGCUGAAAUAUGCUGAACUACAAAAGAAAAAGGAAAUGGAAAAAGGUGGUACAUUAGGAUCCUUAGAACAAGAAUUACAAGAGUAUGAAAAAAAACAAUUCAAAACCUCAGCUGAAGUAAACAGUAAUAAGGAGAAUAUUAAAGCAGCAAAAAAAGCAAUAGAUCAGAUAAAAAUGAACAUAGCAGAUGAUAAAAACGCAUUAAAUUUAAAAGAGAAAGAAUUGGAGAAAGUUGGGGGAUUUUUUCAGAAAUUAAAAGAAAUGGCUCAAAAAGAUACAGAAGCAGUACAGCAGACACAAGAGAAAUAUCAGAAGAUCACUGCAGGUUUACUAGAGAGUGAGGAUGGCAAAAAUGCUACUUUGGAGCAGCAAUUAAUAAGUGCCAAACAAAGUAUAACACAAGCGCAAACUGAAUUUAAACAAUGUGAAAUGACUUUAAGUCACAAUAGGCAACAGUUGAAAAAGAAACAAAGUGACAUGCACAAUACUACAAAUGAAUAUAAAAAGUACAGUAUGGAUCUGGAGAAGAAAGAAAAGGAAUUGAAAAAUCUGAAGAAUGAAAUGCAAAAAUUAAAUUAUAAGGAUGGUUAUUUAGAAGACUUAAAAAAUCAAAGAAAUACAUUAAUUGCAGAAAUAAAACCAUUGCGUGAAAAACUGGAUCAGUUUGAAUCAAGGUAUCCUAGAACAAAAUUUGAAUUUCGAAAUCCUGAACCGAAUUUUAAUGCAAGAUCUGUAAAAGGUAUUGUAUGCAAAUUAAUUACCGUGAAGGAUAAAAAAGCUGCAUAUGCUUUGGAAGUUGCUGCAGGAGGAAAGCUUUAUAAUGUAAUAGUUGACACAGAAACCACAAGUAAGAAAAUCCUUCAACAUGGACAAUUACAACAACGUGUUACAAUUAUUCCGCUCAAUCGAGUGGCUGGUAAACUUAUGAAUGGACAAACGAUCGCUUUGGCAGAAAAAUUGGUUGGGAAGGAAAAUGUCCAACCUGCUUUUUCUCUUAUUAAUUUUGCGGAUGAAAUAUCACCUGCAAUUAAUUGGAUAUUUGGUCAAAUAUUUGUAUGCAAAGAUAUGGAAACUGCCAAAAAAGUAGCAUUCCAUGAAAAAAUCAUGAAAAAAUGCGUUACUUUAGAAGGCGAUCUCUUUGAUCCAGCUGGUACGUUAUCUGGCGGUGCUCAAUCGAAGUCUGGAUCGAUUAUAUUAAAAUUAGAAGAAUUGAAAGAAACUCAAAAUGAACUGAAUAAGAAAGAACAUUCUUUAAGAGAAAUACAGACUGCUAUAUCAAAUGUUACAAAAACAGCAGAACAAUAUGAAUUGUUAAAACAGAAACAUGAUGUGUUAACUUAUGAAAUUGAUAUGUUGAAACAGCAAUUACAACAAACUACUCAUUAUAAAAUCAAGGAAGAGGUGGAUUGUUUAAAUGCGGCUAUUGAAGAGUUGACACAGCGGAUAACGACAGCAAAAAAUCUAGAGAAGGAGAGUACAAAACGUGCCAACGACAUAGAAACUCAAUUAAAAGAUGCAGUAAAUAUUCGGGAAACACAAUUGAAGAAUGCUGAAAAUCAAUUAAAUAUCUUAAAGAAAAAAGCGGAACAAAGUCGCAAAGAAUGGCAAAAGAGGGAACAAGAAUCAGAAACGCUUGAAUUGGAAAUAAAGGAAUUGAAAAAGGCUAUUGAAAGCGGCAAUGAACAAUUACUUGAGGCAGAGAAAGAAUAUAAUAUGUUAGAAGAAAAAGGAAAAAGUUUUCACCAAGAAUUGGAUGAAAUCAAAACUAAAGUUGACGAAAUGCAGAAGAGUGUUAAGCAGCAAAAGGACAUUAUUAAUCAGCAAAAUAAAGAUAUGCAAAAAUUGUUAGCGAGAAAAGAAGAUAUUAUUAAACAAAAUAAAGAAUUAGAACUGGACAUUAAAAAAUUAAAUCAUGAAGUUAAUGAUAUCAAAAAAUGCGCGGCGGAUUGCAAGCGUAAAGUUUCUGAUCUCACAAAAAAAUAUGACUGGAUUGAACAGGAAAAAGUUUACUUUGGAAAAAAAGGCGGUAUAUAUGAUUUUGAAGUCAAUAAACCGGAUGAAAUGGAGAGAAAGGUGCAACGUUUGGAAGGAAUGCGCGAGAAGUUAUGUCGCAAUAUAAAUACACGAUCAAUCAACCUUCUCGAUAAAGAGGAAGAACAAUAUAACGACACGUUAAAAAAGAAAAGAAUAGUUGAAAAUGAUAAGAAAAAAAUUCUUGAAACAAUUAAACAUUUAGAUGAGAAAAAGAAGCAAACUUUGGUCAAAGCUUGGGAGCAGGUGAACAAGGAUUUUGGCUCGAUAUUCAGUACUUUGCUACCUGGAGCUCAAGCUAAAUUACAACCACCGGAGAAUGAAGCAAUAACAGAGGGUUUGGAGGUGAAGAUCGGAUUUUCGGGUGUUUGGAAAGAGUCAUUAGGAGAAUUGUCUGGUGGUCAAAGAUCCCUAGUUGCCUUAUCAUUAAUUUUAGCUAUGCUUCUUUAUAAACCUGCGCCGCUUUAUAUUUUGGAUGAAGUAGAUGCCGCGUUAGAUCUCUCACAUACAGAAAAUAUAAGUACAAUGUUAAAGAGACACUUUAAACACUCCCAGUUCAUCGUCGUAUCCUUAAAGGAUGGUAUGUUUAAUAAUGCUAAUGUUCUAUUUACAACUAGAUUCAUUGACGGUAUGUCUACAAUAAGUAGAACUGAAAAAAUAAGAAGAAAAUGAGAUGAUUCAUUCACAUUUUUAUUUGUAUGGUAAAAUUAUAUUUACAUAGCACUAUGAUUAAGUAUCCAUUUUUAU